AUGAAACUAUAUAGACAGGGUCAGUUUCAAGGGCUGAUACCCUCAAGGUCCACCUUCUACAAUAGAUUCAGUACGGCCUCCUCAAACAAAUGUGAUUGCAAAGAUAUUUUGGGCGAAGAUUGGGAGACUAGGAUCAGUAAUAACGUAGGAUCAGACCAAGGACUUGCUGGAAUGAAGAGCAUGUUCCCAAAAGCUUACUGUUGUGCGUGUAAAAUGAAUAAGGAUAAUCCAUCUAAUGAUGAUUGGUGCCAUUUUUUAUAUUAUUGGAUAGGGGAUAUAGUCUCCGAGGAUUCGGAUAUCUCUAAGUGGACGAAAACCUUGGAAGACAUUUACAACGCGUUCACAGAUAUUUCCAUUCAAAAUAAGUGUAACAUUGUAUACAAGAAUAAAGUUCCCUGGGACAUAUUCUAUAACAGAAGAACAGUAUUCGAUUACUGGAAGGACUCUGAUGCUAUAAAAGCAAUACUAGAGGGUAGUGGCCCCAAUUGUAGUGAACAAUAUGGCUAUUACUUAGAUACAAUGCUUUCGUCUUACUUUGCUGUAAGUGCGCACUGUACAAAAAACAAAGGCGAUGAUUAUUGUAAAUCAUUUUGGGUACAAAAUAAAGAUGAUAUUUUAAUGAAACUGUUAAAAUUACAAUGUGAAUCAGACAAUAAACUGCAAACAGUGAAAGAAGCAAGUACGGCAAGUUCCCAAUUGCAGGAGAAAUUACAGCAAGAACAAGCAAAAGCCUCUAAAGCAAAAGACGAAGCAGUCCGCAAUGCCAAAACGACAUCUUCCAUCACCUCCAUAUUUGGUACAUUAGCAGCAACGGCUUUUCCUUUCUUUUUAUAUAAGUAUAAACCAUGGUCUUCUUGGUUUGGUAAUCACACUUUUGGAAAUGGAGGAGGAAGAAGAAGCACAAGAAGGAAAAGAUCAACCACACGAAACCUUGAUACGUUCACAGAAAACAGCUCAACAUAUGAUUCAACAACUGAAUCAACAAUAGCAGAUUCCACAGCAGAAGAUUCUACCACACUACGUUCUGCCGCGUAUUCUGCACAACCCAGAGGAAGAACGAAUAAUGCGGGGGGUCGAGGGAUGGUAGGUUAUCAGAACAUGUGA